AUGAAGAAAUGGGGGAGUUCAGACUCAGGGGAGUCUGAGGACCGGCCACAAGAAGACUCCCACCCAAAACCCCUGGAGGGAGACCCCAACACCAGGCCAGCUCCGGCCAAGCCCAGCAUCUUCCCCACGGCCAAGAGCCGCAGCCGGCUCUUUGGGAAGUGUGACUCGGAGGAGGCCUCUUCUAUGGACUGCUCUUACGAGGAAGGGCAGCCAGCCUCCUGCCCGGCCAUCACGGUCAGUCCUGUGGUCGUCGUCCAGAAGACUGGGGAUGGCCCCACCUGUGCCAGGCAGUCAUCCCAGGACUCCGUCCCAGCGGGCACCGAGCGGAAGCUCAAGCUCUACGACCGCAGGAAGAUCUUUGAAGCUGUUGCCCAGAAUAACUGCGAGGAGCUGGAGAGCCUGCUGCUCUUCCUGCAGAAGAGCAAGAAGCACCUUAUGGACAGCGAGUUCAAAGACCCAGAGACAGGGAAGACCUGUCUGCUGAAGGCCAUGCUCAACCUGCACGACGGGCAGAACAGCACCAUCCCCCUGCUCCUGGAGAUUGCCCGGCAGACGGACAGCCUGACGGAGCUGGUCAACGCCAGCUACACAGACAGCUACUACAAGGGCCAGACAGCGCUGCACAUCGCCAUCGAGAGGCGGAACAUGGCGCUGGUGACCCUCCUGGUGGAGAACGGGGCAGACGUCCAGGCUGCAGCCAAUGGGGACUUCUUUAAGAAAACCAAAGGGCGGCCUGGCUUCUACUUUGGCGAGCUGCCCCUCUCCCUGGCCGCGUGCACCAACCAGCUGGGCAUCGUGAAGUUCCUGCUGCAGAACUCCUGGCAGCCGGCAGACAUCAGUGCCCGGGACUCGGUGGGCAACACAGUGCUGCACGCGCUGGUGGAAGUGGCCGACAACACGGCCGACAAUACCAAGUUUGUGACGAGCAUGUACAACGAGAUUCUGAUCCUGGGGGCCAAGCUCCACCCGACGCUGAAGCUGGAGGAGCUCACCAACAAGAAGGGGCUGACGCCACUGGCCCUGGCCGCCAGCAGCGGGAAGAUUGGGGUCUUGGCCUAUAUUCUCCAGAGGGAGAUCCAGGAGCCCGAGUGCAGGCACCUGUCGCGGAAGUUCACCGAGUGGGCCUACGGGCCCGUGCACUCCUCCCUCUACGACCUGUCCUGCAUCGACACCUGCGAGAAGAACUCGGUGCUGGAGGUGAUCGCCUACAGCAGCAGUGAGACCCCUAAUCGCCAUGACAUGCUCUUGGUGGAGCCGCUGAACCGACUCCUGCAGGACAAGUGGGACAGAUUUGUCAAGCGCAUCUUCUACUUCAACUUUUUCGUCUACUGCUUGUACAUGAUCAUCUUCACCACGGCCGCCUACUACAGGCCUGUGGACGGCUUGCCUCCCUUUAAGCUGCGAUACACUGUUGGAGACUAUUUCCGAGUCACUGGAGAGAUUCUUUCUGUAUCAGGGGGAGUCUACUUUUUUUUCCGAGGGAUUCAAUAUUUCCUGCAGAGGCGGCCGUCACUGAAGUCCUUGUUUGUGGACAGCUACAGUGAGAUACUUUUCUUUGUGCAGUCACUGUUCAUGCUGGGGACUGUGGUGCUGUACUUCUGCCGUCGCAAGGAGUACGUGGCCUCCAUGGUGUUCUCCUUGGCCAUGGGCUGGACCAACAUGCUCUACUACACCCGCGGCUUCCAGCAGAUGGGCAUCUAUGCCGUCAUGAUUGAGAAGAUGAUCCUGAGAGACCUGUGUCGCUUCAUGUUUGUCUACCUUGUUUUCUUGUUCGGGUUUUCCACAGCGGUGGUGACACUGAUUGAGGACGGAAAGAACGACUCUGUGGCUGAGACCACAUCGCACAGGUGGCGGGGGCCUGGCUGCCGGCCGCCCGACAGCUCCUACAACAGCCUAUACUCCACGUGUCUGGAGCUGUUCAAGUUCACCAUCGGGAUGGGUGACCUGGAAUUCACCGAGAACUACGACUUCAAGGCCGUCUUCAUCAUCCUGCUGCUGGCCUACGUGAUUCUCACCUACAUCCUCCUGCUCAACAUGCUCAUCGCCCUCAUGGGGGAGACUGUCAACAAGAUCGCGCAGGAGAGCAAGAACAUCUGGAAGCUGCAGAGAGCCAUCACCAUCCUGGACACGGAGAAGAGCUUCCUUAAGUGUAUGCGGAAGGCCUUCCGCUCAGGCAAGCUGCUGCAGGUGGGGUACACGCCUGACGGCAAGAAUGACUACAGGUGGUGUUUCAGGGUGGAUGAGGUGAACUGGACCACCUGGAACACCAACGUGGGCAUCAUCAAUGAAGACCCGGGCAACUGCGAGGGCAUCAAGCGCACCCUGAGCUUCUCCCUGCGCUCGGGCAGAGUUUCAGGGAGACACUGGAAGAACUUUGCCCUGGUCCCCCUUUUAAGAGAUGCAAGCACUCGAGAAAGGCAGCCUGCUCAGCACGAGGAGGUCCAUCUGAGGCACUUUGCAGGGUCCCUCAAGCCAGAAGAUGCGGAGGUCUUCAAGGAUCCUGCUGUUUUCGGGGAAAAAUGAGGGACCCCUAAGGCUCUCAACACUGGGCCUUAGGAUAGCACACGGUCGCUGUGGUGUGUGUGGGGGACUCCUGUGCCCUCUCAGCAGCCUGGCUCCUCUGCGCCUGCCCAGGCUCCUUCCUCGGCUGCGCUGGAUGAGCUGAGGGGAAGCGCUGCUGGGUGCGUGGGAAGAGACACCCAUCCAACCCUCCCCGUCCCCACGUGGAUCUCCUAACAGGAAAGGAUCUUGCUUUCAAGGUUUUACUGACUUUGUUAAACAUCACGCGUGACGAACCUCUUGGACAUAUGUGGCGCCCUGUCUUCUCUGAUCUUGUGUUACUGCGAGUAAAGGUCAAUGAAGCCCAGAAAAACACCUUUUAGAGCAAAAUGCUUCCCUUGGUGUAAAAUGCCGAUUCUGCAUUGUGCUUUCUACCC